AUGCCUUCUUUCACUACCGUUGUCGCCGCCCUCGCCGGUUGCUCUGCCAUCGUUGACGGUGCUGCCCUCCCCGCCAAUAUUCAGAAUGGUCUUACUACCACCACCCUCCAGACCCGGGACAACAUCCUCAGCAAGCGUGAGCCCGUCACUGUUGCUAUUCUGACCGCGGCUGGUACCGCGGCAGUCAGUGCCAUCGUCAGUCAGGCCGUUACCGCCGCCGCCUCCUUCAUCGGUGACAUCGCCAGCUUCGACUCUGGUCGUGAGGCCUUCACCAAGCAGACCACCGACGAGAUGAUGGCCAGGAACCUUGACCCUGAGCGUUUCCAGGCUGCUGCUUGCUACAACAGGGGCUUCUCUGUCGCCGAUACUGCCAAUAUUGAUGGGCAGUCUUCGAUUAAGUUCAGUCAGGGAAUCCUCAACACUGACUACGAGUGCAUGUACAUUGCCGCUCCUAACCAGUUCUUCACUGAGGGCGACGGUGGCUUUAUCAACGAGACCGCAGAUCUCACUUGCCUCUAA